UUGUCUUGUUCAUGCGAGUCUAUUUGUUAAGACUUUUUGUGUCUUUUAACUAGGCUUCUGUCUGUUUAAAAAUUUCUUUUAUUGUUCUUUAAUGUAUAAUUAAACCUGUUUAAACGGUGUUAAUUUCUUAUGACGAAUGUUUACCUGUACUUAAAAUACAAAAUAAGUAUUUGAGCAACAGCGUAGGUGUAGAAGCAAGCAAAAUGGAAAGCACGCUAGCACAUGGCAUAGGCGUGAAAAAUAGAUAUGCCUUAUUCUACGAUGAAGAUGUUGAUCCUCUGGAAAUCUUGAGGCAACAAGAAGAGGAAAAGCAGAAACGGAAGACUGAUAAAACUCAACCUAAAGAGAAAGGUAAAGUUUUAAAACCUUUGAAGCAGGCAUCAACAGUAGCGCCAAAAAAGCCUGUUGAAAAUGUACCAGUUAAAAUAAAAACGACGGAAACAAAUGAUGGUGCCAAUAAAGGUAGAGGAAAACCACAAAAUGAACGAUUUGGCAAGGAUACACGUGAUAUAGAAGAGAAGAAAAACUUCCGAAAUCGUGAUGACCAAUUUUUUAAUUCUGAUUCAAAAGAACGAGAUCCCGAAUUCAGACGCGGGCGAGGUGGGUUCCGUGGUCGUGGCGGAAGAGGAGAUCGUGGAAGGGGAUAUUUUGGAAAUUCUGAUGGAAGAAACCGACGUGUAUUUGAUCGCCACAGUGGAAGUGACAAAACCGGAGUUAGAUCUGUUGAUAAGAGAGAGGGAUCUGGACCAAACAACUGGGGUGACUACAGAGGCGAGAUCAGCCAAAGAAGCGAAACUUGGGAUGAGGAAGAAUUUGAUGCCAGUGGAGAUAAACCUCGUGAGCCCUUGAACUGGGCAGAUGAAGAUCAAAAUACUGAAAGUUUGGUAAAGGAUGACGAAAGCAAAGUUGCUCCCGAGGAAGGCGGUGAUAAUACUAAGGAGAAUGAACCAGUGGAAGAAAGUGUUGAAGAUGUUGUGAAGCAGAUGACCCUUGAUGAGUGGAAAAAGGAGCAAGAAGCAAAAAGAAUUGUUCCCAAGUACAAUUUACGCAAGCCGGGAGAAGGCGAGGAUGACAAGCAGUGGAAAAAGGGAUAUGUUCUUAAGAAGAAGCCAAAAGAGGAAGAUGAAGACCAAGAUGAAGAUGACGAGGAUGAUGAUGAUUACGCACGCAAAGGGCAACAGCGACAACUUCUUGAUAUUCAGAUCAAUUUCAGCGAUGAAAGACGUGGUUCUAGAGGAAGAGGCCGUGGUGGACGAGGUGGAAUAAGAGGUGGCGGAGGUCGUGAUUCUGGCCCUCGUGAUUUUAGAGAAGAUCGUGGUCGGGGAGGACGAGGCGCUGGUCGUGAUCGCGGUGAUCGUGAGCCACCCAGAGGCAAACAACCAGGCCAGCAGUCUGCUCCUCGGGUUGAUGACUUUAAUGAUUUCCCCUCCUUAGUGAAUGCUUAAAGGACUUAUUCUUUAUAGGUUACAUUCCCAACAUGCAAUAAUGGUCAAGUCUUUUUUAAUUAAGUGAAGGUGCAACAUCUUCCUAUCUUCGUGAUAUUUUUCUAGCAGGGAAAGGGUGAACAUCUCUGCACUUAGUCCGCACUGACUUGCUCAGUAUUUGCCUGUUUGAAAUGUAAUGCUAUAAACUGAGAACUUUGAAGCCAUUCAUCUGUUAAAAAGGGAAAUAUCAAAUGAUUUUUUCAUGUGUCAUGUAAUGUAUAAAUGCUGAAAAGUAACCACUUCAUUUAACAGCUUCUGCAUUUUGCCUUCAUGCAGAUUUCAAGAAUCUUGAGGAAAUUGAAAGUUCCUUUCUUACCAUGCCUUGAGCAUAUGUUGUUAGAGACAAUGAAGUGAAACUGCAAUUGUGUUAUUUUUCCUAUAGGAUUUGGCAAUUUUUAUUGAGUUAUUUUUGAGAUUUGUUGAUUUUUGAUAUCCAUUUAAAAAGCACUAUUCAAGUUUAAUGAGCAAAGGGGUUCCCCUAUUGUUAUGGGAAAUACAACCUUAGUGCUAUAAAUCUGUUCAGUUCCAAGUUAUUAGCUUUUAAUUUUCAUUGAUUUUUUAUUUCAAUUUGUAUCUUAGUAACAAGUGCAUUUUAUGUUAAAAUUAUUUUUCAUAGUAAUCCAGGAAGAAGAGAGAGAUUAGCUUUUUUAUUUCUUUCAUAGCAGUGUUCAUUUUUUCUCCCCUUUCAUCCUUUUAAUAGUUAUAUAUUUGGAAAGGAGCUAAUACUACAUCACUUAAGCUUUAAAAGUUUGAAAUAUUCCAAAGAGUAUUAUUAUUAAUAAUUUGACAUAGGAGUAUGGAUUACACAUUUGUAAAUACAACUUUUUUUCAUCCGGCACAUUUUUUUUUUUAAAUUAAAAAUUUUAUCUUGUUGAUGAACAUUGUUAACCUCUGGAGCUGAAGUGUUGUUCGUAAAUGAAAAUUAAUUUUUUUAUCUGUCUUAAAGUUAUUCCUUUGAGUGCCUUGUAUAAAAUAGUGUUAAGUGAAUAAAUUAUACCAAUAUUUGGAUCGGUAUUUUCCAAUGUUUAUAUAAAAGAUGCUGAAAUAGAUGUGGUAGAUGGCAUCUAUUAAUUUCGAUUAAAUUGUAAGUACAAUUUUUUACACACAUUGUAUUUAUGUGGUUUAUCGAUGUUUAGGCAUGAAUGCCGAAAAGAAUGUGAUUAAUCACAUCAAAAAUAUUUACCAAAAAAUAGUAUGAAUUAAGCACAAAUGAAAAAAAAAAGAACUCUAUUGUGAAAUCUUUUCAAAUAAUUUCUAUGCUUAGUAGUGGUACAUUGAUUUUAAAAAUGGUUGAAUUUUUACGAUAGUAAUGUUUAACCUGCCUGCAAAAGAUGGCAUACAGAAAUAUGAAUAUUAAUUAUUAAAAUUAAAGAAUUAUAGAAGAUAAAGUUCUGAUUGAUCAAAAAUUUAUGUUCUACUUAAUAAUGAACUGCUUUUCAGCAUUUGUUUGAUACUUUGAUCAGUUUAUGAUUAUGCACUUGUGUUUUUAUUUAUCAAUAAAUUUCCCAAUCAGAAAAUGGUA